GAACAGAAUGGGUCACAUUGAACUGGAUUACAGGGCCAUUCCCAAACUACAUGGUUGUAAAAAUUACUGGCAGUGGCGCAUCCUUAUGCGCACCUAUCUGGAGACCAACGAUCUCUGGAAGCACAACGAUCUGAAGGAUACCGCCAUCACGAAAUUCCUGAUUUUGGCCAGCGUCGAGGCCGACUUAAUUGAGCCCGCCUAUGAUAAUCAGAGCUGUAAAUAUAUCUUCGACGAUUUGGAGAGCCGUUUUUCUGCAUAUACUUAAUUUUUAGAGCUCAAUAAUUUGUAAAAGAUGUUUAAUUUGAAUUAAAUAUUCAUU